AUUAACCUGGCACUCACGGUUGCGAAGGCUCAGUUUCGCGGUGGAUCCUCAAGUGACUAGUCAUGAUGCGUUGGAUAGUGUCCGUAGUAGUGGUGGUGCUGAGUCUCAACAAGGCAAGAACAGCCCCAGCGGAAGCAGCACCGGAAGAUGGCAGAAUCAUCAACGGGAAAGAUGCGGAACUCGGACAGUUUCCAUAUCAAGCACUUUUGAUCAUACAAACUGAUAACGGUCGAGCAUUGUGCGGUGGUAGUGUCGUGACUGACGAGUGGAUACUAACGGCCGGACAUUGCGUUCAGGAUGCGUCUUCGGUCGAAGUUACUAUGGGUACCAUACUCUUAAGAAGCUCGGAAGACGACGGUCGCGUUGUAAUGAAUUCAACUGAUUUCAUCGUGUAUCCAGAAUAUAACCCGCAGACCGCUGAGAACGAUAUUGCCCUCGUAAGACUGCCACAAAGAGUUCAGUUCAGCAAUCGAAUCCAAGCGGUUCAGCUUCCCACGGGACACAAUGACUACAAUCGACGGAUGGCAACCGUGAGCGGCUGGGGUAAAACCAGCGACAUGGGUGGCGUGGCUCAACGGCUGCAGUACGCAACGCUUCAAGUGAUCCGCAACAAUGAAUGCCGAAUCUUCUAUCCGGGAUCCAUCCAUCCGACCACUUUGUGCUGCCGCGGCGAUCAACAGUCGACCUGCAACGGCGAUUCCGGCGGACCGUUGGUUCUCGAUGAGGACAAGAGCCUGAUCGGGGUGGUCAGUUUUGGCAGUGUGAUUGGAUGCGAGAGGCGCCUGCCGGUAGGAUUCGCCCGUGUGACCGAGUUUGCCGACUGGAUUCGGGAACAAACGGGAAUAUCUCCGCCGGAGGGAAGUGGUGGCGAUGGACAGUCAACUAGAUUGGGCGAUUCUUUGGCGAAGACUAUGGAAGUGUUUAGAAUUUAGAAAUGCUUGAUAGGCGAUAUUUGAAUGAUGUACAAAUGGAUCUUUUCGCCUCAGAUUUUCAUUUAGGAAUUUAUCUCACGAAUUCUAAUAGAUUCAUGGAGUUCACAAAUAAUUCCAUUUAUUUGAUAGGGUUAGACAUAAUUGCACAGUUUUGAUCAGAAGCACGUGGUGUAGGAUAAUUUCUCAUAUUUUCUAAAAGUGAAUUGGUUAGCUCGUGUUUAUUAGUAGUAUUUUUUUUUAAUCUGUCUUAUAGGCUUUUUAUCGAAUUUUCUUUAGAAGUAUAUAAUAAUAUAUCAUCAUCAUCUUAGAGGUUCUAUACACAGUAUUCCAUCCUAUUGUCUAGUAUUUACAACCCUUUGAGAGGAAGUUAUGACCGCGAAAUUUGAAAAUUUUGCUGAUGUGAUGCCCCUAGAUUUACCAUUUUGAAAGCUUUGAUUUUUUUUUUCAUCGGCGGAUUUCCGAUUUUAUCUUCCGGUUUCGUGAUUUCGCGCAACCGAUAUAAAAGUCAAUGAUUUAUUUUAACAAACUUUAACAUUUUUGACGUAUGUGUAGAUCUCGAGGUAGUGUACAAUUUUUCGCGAUGUUUAUUUAAACUUUUAUCCAUACAAUAAAGCCAAACUAAAACCAAAACUCGGCAACAAAAACCACCGAAAAUUGGGGAUCACGAAGGCGCAAAAAGUCAGAGCAUUAUGAGUCACUACGAAUGCGGACCGCUGUAGCACUGUGGAAGUUUCGUUGCGUUGGUAGGUAAAUAUUUUUUACAUGGAAAACAUACAAAAAAACAGACUUGGAGAGAUACAUACGAGAAUUCAAAAGCAUGGCAUUCUUCUCUGAUCGAUAACAUUUUAAGUAGAAAAAUGGUGUUCAUUAGUCGAACGGUAAUAGAUUUAUAACUAAAAGUAAUAAAUGCAUUAGAGAAAUAAAAUUUGUUUUUCUUCACAUGCUUACAAAAACCUUAUCAUUCCGCGCCGUUCGCCGAAAUACAAAAUUUUCAACUGAAAGUUGAAUAAAGAAUAGAAUUUUCGUGUUUUUUGUGUGUCUACGCGCUUCCUUUCGUUUAUUGGAUUAAACUUUUCCAGUUCUCCUGUAAAUGAUAUACAGUAGCGUAACCACUGUGCUCCUGUUUUUUUUUUCAAUUUAUUUCCGAAGUAGUAAUCGCUAACCGACAUCCUUAAGCCCCAGAAAAGUCCCGCGGAUCCGGACGGACGAUAUGGGAAUUCCCAAACGUCGCAAAGAACUCUUCGUAGCCAUAACUCAGUCAAAUAAAAAACGCGGACUAGAUGCAAGCCAUAACCUUCACACAAGACCUACGAAAAGAAUAAGCCAUCUAAACUACUAAAAAAAGCAGAGCUAGCUAACUACGACAGAAACGAGACACGUGGAUCGAUAAAAUGUGCAAACUGUAGUGGCCAGCACCGACAACGACCUCAUUGGAAUCGAUCGCAGAUCGAUUGAUAUCCCAAAUAAAAUAUACCGCAUGAUUUUUGAUUUACUAAGGGCCGAUUUCUUCACCCCCGUUUAACUUUUAAGCGGUGCUUACCCAUACGCUUAAACGUGGUUUAAGGCCUAAGCGGAGGUGAAGAAAUCGACCCUAAGACUUUUUCACUUUAACGAGUAUUCCAAAUCAUCCGUUUAGCUUAUUAAUAUUCAGUUAUAAACGUGUGUUUUGUUCCCGGUAUAAAAAUCCUUAUGAAAAUGAAUUUAUCAAUUCGUAAAUUGGAUACACUUUUAUUGUGCUCAGAAGAGAAGGUGAAACAGUCAAGGAAGCAGUUAAAACUUGAUGAUCAACUGUGAUGAAAAGAAGAACAAGUGUCAAAACAAGAAAAAAGAAGCAACGUUUUUGCAGGUCUCGUCUCAGGGCUUAACCAUUAACUCUACCUAAGACAAAGUACAUGGUGGCAGGUAGAGAUAGAGAAGACCUAGUGGUGUUGGUGCUGAGGUAGUACUUGAUGGGGAUGUGUUUUAAGUUGUUAAACGCUUGUGACAUGUGACAAUGACGUUUCCCAUAAAGUGGAAAGACGUAUUGCUGCUACGAAUAGGGCAUUUUACGGAUUACGUAACCAGCUUAGGUCCUGCAACAUGCUGACGGAAACAAAAUUUGCUCUAUACAAAACUCUUAUUUUACCAGUGGCCUUUUAUGGACAUGAAGCAUGGACGUUAAAAGAGGCGGACGGGAGAACUUUCGGGGCUUUCGAGCGAAACGUGCUGCGUACAAUACUCGGAGGGAAACUAGAAAAUGGUGUGUGGCGCAGACGCAUGAAUCAUGACCUGUGUCAAGUAUAUUUACAAAGAAGAAAAUACAGCAGACUUCAGUGGGCUGGUCACUCAGUGCGAAUGUCGGAAGAAAGAAUAGCGAAAACAAUAUUCAACAAAGAACCAGAUGGAGGCUGACCUGGGGACCCUUAACGUUCGAGAAAACUGGAGGAACACCGCCCAAGACCGACGAUUAUGGAGCUCUACAAUACGCCAGGCAUAGCCAACCAGGUAUCCAGGUAGGUAGUGGCCAGCACACCGCCAUCUAUCGUGGCUGUCCCAACCGCAAAAACUGUAUUGAAAAGAUACCAAAGAUGAGAACGAAACGGCGGCUUCCCGCACCUCUUCCAUCUCCUUCAGGACCCUCUCUAUAGGUGGUCUCAUCAGUUCCGCAGCCGCACCGUCCGACUCCUACGCACAAGUUCUACAGCAGGGUUGUAACAACCUCUUCUCGGUGUCGGAAUUUCUUGCUAUAGCAAGAGAGACAUUUGAUCGCUUGGUAAACUGCCAAACGAAGCAGCAACAACUUCUAGCUCUAUUCAAGCUAACAACCAAGUACUUGUAUAACACAACUUGUGAUUUGCUAACUGGAACGGACGCUCCGUUCACGGUAAGAUUUUUUUUGAUUUUCCUACAAAACGAUACCACGUAGACGAUGGAGUAGUAACUGAAACAUGGGUGCAGCAAACACACACUUUUUACCAUCCGGAUUUCUGCUGCGUUCGUUCCGACCGUAAAACGAUGCUGAAAGAAGGGAGGGGCGUAUUGAUUUCUGUUCGAAAAGGUAUCAAGUUUGCAGAGCUGUGUAUCUCGACAAAGAUCAUCGAAAGCAUAGAGUAUAGACGGUUCGAUAAACACAACGAACGGAAGUGUCACGUUAUCGCUGCAUACUUCCCGGGGCCCGCAACAGGAUCCAUCUGGACUCAAUUUUGGUGAGGCAUCUCUACACUUAUCAGGUGGGCCGAACCGUUCUUCGUCGUGAGCGAUCGAAACUCACGUCACCAUCACUGGAACUGUUCAAAGGCUAAUAAAGCUGGCACAAUAUUGUCUCAGGAAGCAGCCACUAACAACUUCUUUAUUCACUCUCCUGAUGGGGCGCGGUCGUCCUUUGACCCUAGAUCUUACUUUGUCAGAAAAUGUACUGGACAUGACAAAGCCAAUCACGCUGAACGAAUUGUCAUCGGAUCACCUCCCGUGAUCCGUAGAACCGUUUAAUCGACUCAUAACUAAUGUGUUAUCCGGAGGUUUCAUUUAUAAAGAUUCCAAAAAUGGAGGUUGGGGAUGUUUAUUUGAUUUCAUCACGAUUUAAGAGUUGUAGGGGGAUUUGAAUAAAUUUUAAGUUUUGCCCAUACAAAUUUCCAUAUAAACAUAAAUUGACUUCGCGCCAACCCUAAAUGGCAACCGAAUUGCCUGAAAUUUUGCCGGGACUCCCAAAUUAUCAAAAUGAUUUUUUGUUAAAUAUCUUGGCUGUGCAUAUGCACAGCACAUGUUUCGAAAUGGACAAGUUAAUAUGAAAUUUGCGAAAAAGAAUACACGUGACUUGGAGGGAAUCGAACCCCUAAACCUCUUACUCUCUAGAUAUCCGUGAUAACCCUUACACAACAAGACUACUUAAAGGUCACUUUUGCGGAAAAGCCAUCAGAAUCCGAGUACCAACCUCCACCGCGGUUAGCUCUUUUUUGCAAAUAGAAUAUCUUUCGGAUGCUUGAUUUGUCCAAUCUUCACAUGUACUUCACUGUUGUAUAUCCACAGUCAAGCGAGUGCACAUUGUUUAUUAAACGAGAGGAUCACACUCUAUGUCCCCAACAACGGGCUGGGCGGAUUUGUAUAGAGUGCGAAUCAAUCACACUCUGCUGUGCCAAAGGCUUUGAAAUUUGAAAUAUCUCAAAAACGGUAAUAAUUAGGAAAAAAAUAUGUACCAGCUUUUUUUGUUUAAAAUUGACCAAGAAAUCAUAAUUCGGCAUCAAAUACAUGUGUUUUCUUGUAAAUAGUCAAUGUUUCAAAAAUGAGCCAAAAAUAGCUUCCACUAAAACUUUUUUAUUUUUAACUUCUCCAUUGACCUGAUGUCGUUAAAAUGUGUAUUUUGAAGUCAAGUUUUUGUGGUAAAAAUUUGGUGAAAAUAUAAAUAUGGGUUUUCGAGAUAUUUCAUUUUUUUAUUUGAAUAUCGAUUUUUUUCAGUGUAAAAUAUUUUUUUUACCAGUGUUAUAUUUUCUCCAUAAAGCCCUAUUAGUCCCCUACAGUUCGUUCUCAGACAGUUUUUUCGUACAAUGGACGGUUUCUGAGAUGCAAUUUUUUUAAAUUAAUUUGCUCGAAAACACAUUCGACCUUUUCAUAAAUUACUCGAGGGUCGAAUUUUUUUUUAAUUUUUUUAAAAUAGUCUAUCGACAAUACCGAAAAUAUGUGACAAGUUUCAAUCGAAUCAACUAUCAUCAAGUUUGGUCGGUGUGUCAUUCUGCGUGGAAUCCGUCACGACAAAACCUCCAAUCUCAAAAACAAAGAAAACAUACCUAAUUGUUAAAAAUUAAUGUGUUUUUUUGUUCUUCCUUUGCACCAGUUGUUGUACUAGUGGUCCUGUUAUGGCCAAUCCCAUAAGAAAACAAUGAGAUUUACCAUAAUAGGAUCCAAAACUAUAAAUAAUGCUACAACUGAUACAUGCGUUCCUAUUAUGGGUUAAGCAAUUUUGUGCACUAUCACUGAUUUUAGUGCGGUUUUCACAUUUGUUCUAAGGAGCAGGAAAGGAAACCUUUCAUUUGACAUACGAACACAUGCCAUUUAUUAUUGUUUUUAAUUUUUUAAUAGUUGUUCUCAACUAUGGCGACGAUUGGUACACCUACCCUUUUUUUGAUUUUAGGAUCUUUGUGGGUUUUCACGCGGAUUUUUUUAAAGUUAUUUUACGCGGCUUUUUAUUAUAGUCAGGAACCGCGAAGAAUCGAUUAUAGUUGGAGUCAUUUUUACCGAGGUUUUUGGAAUCUGCUGUUUUGUUACACGUAUGGAUUUACAGCGGAGGAAUGUUUGCAAUUGCCGUUCAACGGAGCUCCUCGUGAUUCGUUUCAGUUACCCUUCCGCCCACAACUUUUUUCAAAGAUUUCAGUGAAUUUUUCUUUGAGAAAAAUGCUAGAACAAAUGUUAUUUGGCAUAGCUAAAUUAGUGGAGAACAAAAAAAAAGUUUUUGAUUGUAAAUCAAUAUUAAUUGUUUUCAACAGUUCAACUAUUUCUACUCAAAAUUGAUCAUAUUUGCAGUCUAAAGGGACCAUAAAAUGUGUUAAAUAUUGCUCUUUGUUGUUGAAACAACUCGAAAGAAGGUGAUACUAUGUUUGCACUAGGGCCUUGUAACAUGUUAUUCGGCUAUCUUGAUGAGCUUUCUUUUGUCGAUAAUUUGAAUAACAUGUUAUCCAGGCUGUAGUGCGAACAUAGUAAUAGAAGGUGAAAAAAUUGAUGGUGCUCUAUAACACACACCAUGGGUGGGAGAGGGUUAACCCGUAACGCUUGGUAGACAUCUUUACGGGGUAAGAUCUACCACGGUUAUAUUGCCAUCUACAGGCAAAACCUGACCCAACGAAUACCUUCCUCAUUAUCCAACUCCUAGGUACUUAUGAGGGUGUCGCUAAGUCGGUGGCCUCUUGUUAAAUGAGUACCACAUCAACACUUCCUUCCUCUUAUUUGUAUUUUUCGUUGACUUUUUUCGGCGAGUACAUAUGAACUAUGCUCAAAGUAGAAAAGAGCAACCAAAAGCAAUGAAGAAGUUGGGCGUGGCCAGGAGCAGGAGUAGUAAUCCUCAUGCUUUUGUUAUUUUUGUUAAGACUGGAAUCAAGGACCACUCCUCUUCUUGAUUUCUGAUAGCAUUCUAGAUAAGGAUCUCAAAAAAAAAUAUGAGUAUCACUAGUGUUCAAUCUACGAAUUACACCGUAACAAUGCUAA